AUGUACACAUUAGCAGAGUUUCUUCCAGGACACAUACCACAAUGGCUGAAUGGGUGUCUGUACAGAAAUGGCGCCGGUGUCUAUCAGGUCAAGGACACCAACAUCCGCCAUUUUUUCGACGGCUUCUCCGUCCUCCACAAGUUCACCAUCCAGAACGGUCACGUGACCUUCCGGUCCUCCCUGCUGGACACCCACACCCUGCAGCAGGCGAUGGGCAUCACGAGAACCGUCACCAGCAGGUCUGGCGUGCACAGGGUGUUGGACCCAUGCAAGAACAUUUUCAAAGAGUCACAGACCUACUUCGCGGAACUCCCACCUGAGAGGACUGACAACACGUCCGUCAAUGUCGUGACCCUGGGGGACGGGCUGUACGCCCUGACCGAGACAGCGACCAUCAACAGGGUUGACCCCCGGGAUCUCAAGACGACGGAGAUGAUUGACCUGAGUCGAGUCAUCUCUGUCCACACAGGCACAGCCCACCCCCACUUCAACCAACAGGGCGACAUGUUCAGCUACGGCUCCAACUUUGACCACAGAAAAGCUUACAACAUCAUACGAAUUCCCAACAUGAAAGCUGACGCUGACCCGAUGGCCAAGGCCGAGAUUGUGGCCAGCGUGGCCAGCAGAUGGCCCACGAACAUCUCUUACAACCACAGUUUCGGCAUGAGUGAGAACUACUACGUGGUUCUGGACCAGCCCGUGGCCUUCAACACCAAGAAGUUCCAGAUUUCAAACGUCGACAUGCAGGGCGUGGCAGGGACUCUGGUGCUCAGGAGGGGGGAGGCGCAAAAAAAUCCCGGUGACCUACGAGACCAGCUGCGCUUUCGUUUUCCAUUUCAUCAACUGCUACGAGGAGGACGGUUAUCUGGUAAUCGAUCUGGUCAUUUACCACCGUAUCGAUGCCAUCCUGGACCUGUAUUUGGAGAGGAUGAAGAAAUCGGAUUUCAAAUACCAGACGCGGGAUCGUUUGCUCGAUUUGUGCUGCCUCUCAACGUAGAAAAUGCCCCACGUGAUAUCAAUCUGGUCGGCUUGCCUCACUCCAAGGCCACGGCUAUAAUCGACUACGACGCCAGGAACGUCGUCAGCUUGACGCCAGAUUUUUUUACACCCGAGAAGAUCACCAUGGAGCUGCCCCGGAUCAACUACCCAAUGUGUGCAGGACGCAAGUAUAGAUACGCCUAUGGAACCUCUGUGUUCAGCGACUUCUAUAGGCUGGUGAAACUGGAUACCCAAGAAAAGACAGUAAAACAAUGGCGGCUAACCCAGUACUACUAUCCUGGGGAACCCAUCUUUGUCCCCACCCCUGGUGCUAUCGAAGAAGACGACGGUGUUAUUCUCUCCCCUGUCUUGUGUGAAACAUUAGAAGAACCGUCAUUUCUGCUCGUCCUAGACGCUCGUUCAUUCACGGAAAUCGCACGCGCAUACAUCCCGAGCAAUGUUAAAAUGAGUAUGACAUUCCAUGGGACUUUCUGCGGCAGCAAAAACCCGCCUCGAGACAAUUUACCGGAUGUUGUCGACAUUCACUUGUGACAAAUUUAUUUUUAACUUUUCACUGCUUGCAAGAUUGUAACAUUACAUAUUGAUUUUUUUUUAUUUAUCUAUUUUGUUUAAUACAUACUAUUCCUCUAUCGCGUUCCGUGUAAAACAGGUCAUAUAUAUAUAUAUUAUAUAUUAUG